CUGGGUUCUAUUUAUAACAGCAGAGUUGGAGGCCCGUGUGACAUAUACACAUCAGAGCUGUCAUGUCCCUGCAGGGAGAAAGUUAUGACACCUUCAAACUGGCCGCUUUGUGCUUGGGCAACAGAUUAAAAGGCAUGUGAGGUGUCAAAAUGGAUGAUUUAGAUCACAGCAUUCAAAUUGCAGAGUACGACUGGACGUGCUUCUGUGAGGAGAGUGAGGAGUGCACUCUGCCGAAGCCUUCACUCGCCUGCCAUGACAGCUCAGGCCUCAGCGACUCGGAGGAUUCGGAAAUCUCCAGUCCAGUGCAGCUCCACAAGAGCCGAACGGGGGGAGAAGAAGAUGAGAAGAGUCUUAUGCAGUUGGACUCUGACGUCUGCAGAGUUUGUUCUGCAGGAAACGUUCUCAACACCACCGAGGUGCACGCUCAGGCUGCAGAGGAGGCAAAGGCAACUGACAACAGCACAGCAUUAUCAAAUAAGCUGGAAAAAGAAGUCGAUAAUUCCAGAAAUGGACCCGAUUCGCCUUUUACCAGGAGCUCAAAGCCGGAGAAAUGUUUUGAGAAGGUAAAGCAUGACUCUGAGGGAGGGAGCAACAUGAGGGGCUUUGAGCAAUCAAAGCAAACCCUAUUUCCAAAAUCAGGAGAUGCUCCAAGUUCUAAAACAAAUCAUGAGUUACAACAAAUGUGGUGCAAAGAUAAGACGAUGUCAGAAAUGCUGUUAAUGACUGAUUCACUAAUAGAAGAUGUCGCUGAGCCAACGAUGGGCAGAAACACGCACCAACCUGGCAACGUGUCCCGCCACGCGUUUGGCCUCAAUGAUCCUUCACAGACGGAGGCUCCAGAGCCGGAGGAGCUUGACUUUCACAGUUUGUCUGCCGCUGAGUCAGCAGAGGAACCUUUGCCUCGCCACAAAGACCAUGUCACAGAAAGCCAAGAGCUGUUGUUAUUAGCAACCAGCCACUCACCAAACACCAACGAUGCACAGGACAGAGGACUGUACUACUGUGACAGCUCGCUCUCCUGCAACGCGGCAGCCACCAGGUGUGAGGGUUAUGAAGGCGCCGGUGCCGAGCCCACCCCACUCCCAUCUGCUGACCACGGAGCCAACGAAAGGCCAGACGACAGCUCACACUCACCCACGCUCCGGGACCAGGAGAUCCGUCCCUCAGCCUCUGGUGGCUCCACGGGACCUCAGCUUAGGCCUGACUUGACCGCAACACCUUGCCCUGCGGCCGGCAGCUCUGCAGCACGUGCAGAAGCCGCGGGCCUCACCGGACCUGUUUACGCCAUGUCAGCUUUCUGGGAUGAGAUGGAAAAGCUGACGAUAAACGACAUCCUGCUGCUGAGGAUGGGCGGGACCGCCCCCCGCGACCCCACACAAGACCCAGGGACACCGGGUGCACGCGGUUUGACAGUAAGUCACACCUUUCUUGCUGACGGAUUUGAGUGCACUUCGUCCGAUGGGCCGACGGAUACGUCAGACAUUGCUGACUCAGACUACUUCACACAGCCUGACGAAUCCAAGCCCGACUGCUCGAGCUGCGAGUUGUCCACCUCUGAUUUGGAGGAGGAGUACUGGCAGAACCCCAGUCCUGAUCCUCUAGACAACAACCAUCCCAGGACCAGUGGGUCUCCAUUCCUGUGUCGUGGGGAACUCUGGUGCACGUGGUCACCGGUGCCUUCAGAGGACUGUGCAGGCCAACGUUUGGAUCAUGGAGAGUCACAUGCGCUGGUGACAAAAACCACAGCUGAGCAAAACGUCCAAGCUCCGAACACAGAAGAGCUCCGUUCACAGCCCUCGUUGGGCGAUAAUGAGAGCAGCCCAGUUUUAAGUCCCCGUCCAGUCACUAUGAUACAAAACAGCCUGGAACCAGUAACACCAACACCAGUUCUAUCCAGCACAGACAAACAUUACCAAAUAUCCAUCCCAGAACUGUUUGAACACUUUUUCACUGAAGGUGGAGCAGAGGAUGGCGCACGUGGAACGGUCUACGAUCCUGAGGACAUCUCAGCGACUCCUGUGCUUGACGGCACUUUUAAGGAUGAAAUGCCCUUUUCUGCCCUCCAUGAUUCCCAGGAACCCACCUUUAGCUUUCCUCGCUCUCAUGCCACCACUACAACACUCACAUUCCCAAAACCAAAUCAUCUUUUCCUGAAUGCGCACAGCGAGGACGGGGACAUCUCUCCAGUCAGAGUCCCGCCUCCUUCUUUCACGCAGGCUGAUGACGCUAAGGCAGCUGGGUCUCGCACUUGGCAAACUCUGCUGUCAAUCAAAAGGAUUUGCUUCCACAGCACAGGCGGCACGUGGUGCCGGCGGUCCGGCGCUUGGGUGUUUCCAGUCGACGCCGAGAAGGCUUCAGAAAAGAGAAAGGAACCACCAGACACUGCUGUUGCUGCAGGGAGAGUGCGCUGGACGAUCUGGGAAACGCUGCACACAAGGCAAGAGGGCGUCUUGUCUACCCUGAAGCAGUCGGACAUGUGCUUGGUCUGCAUUGCCUUUGCCUCCUGGGUGCUGAGGUCCUCCAAUCCUGAGGCUGCUGAUGCCUGGAAAGCAGCUCUGCUAGCAAACGUGAGUGCGCUAUCAGCUAUCCAGUUCCUGAGGCAGUAUGUGAAGAAGACUCCCCUUCAAGAUGAUCCCUGAUAGAUGUGUUCACACAACAUCAUUGAACAUCAUGGCAUUUCCACAGAUUUCCAACUGGGUCCAUCUACAAAAUAGACCUGUCUGUAGAGUAAUUUAGCAGUUGGGACGUGUGUGAAAGUAGAAGUCAGCUUUAAUUCAAAGGAUGCUUAUAAUGUUUGACAUGAUUUUUUGUUGUGUGCAAAUCCUUUCUAAUGACCUGUAUCUCAUUGCUGCUCAUUCAUUCCUACUGAAGACAUUCAUAUUUAAAUAUGGUUGUAAAGGUGUAAAACAUGUUUAGUUGUUUGUGAGAAUUAAACAAAUACUACACAAUUAAUUUAAAACUUAAUUUGAGCAGCAAGACUGUGUGCUCAUAAACAACAAUUCUCCAUAAUAAUAAAGGAACAUGCAGUAACUGCAACAGUUUAGCCUACAGACAGGUUUUUAAUCAUGUUUUGUCUCAGAAAUAACAUGUUAAUAUCAUUUUAAUGUUUUCUUGCUGAGUUUGACUAUUAAUUAUUUAAUGAAUUGCAUUUCUAGAUGUUUUGUUACAUGCUAAUUCUGUGGUUUAUGUUAUUGCUUAAACUGAGAAGAACUACAUAACUAGUAUCUUAUCAAUACACUUUAUAUUUUUUGUCAAACAAAAUGUGCACAGUUGAUUUUUCAGUGAUUUGAACCAUUAACAUCAUCAAUAUGCGACGUUCCUCUUGGUUUGAGUUGACGGGUGCAGGAGAUACUGUUGGCUGUUUAAUGGCAAGUGCAAAGAUAAUAUGCUGUAACUGCAGAAUUUUUUAUUGAAAUAAAUAUGCAAUGGAUACAGUUUGA